AUGAUUCAUCUCUUUGUCAUUUUCCUACUCUGCUUGCAACCCACUAUUAUUGCCGCUGCUCCAACAAAUGAAACUGAUCGUUUCGCUUUGCUCAAAUUCAAAGAAUCUGUGUCUCAAGAUCCCUAUAACAUAUUGAGCUCAUGGAAUUACUCUAUGCACUUCUGCAACUGGCUAGGAGUCAAAUGCGGCCGUUGGCACCAAAGAGUCACAGUCUUAGACCUACAAGGCCACAAGUUACGUGGAACUCUAUCACCUUACAUCGGCAACCUCAGCUUUCUAAGGUCCAUCAUCCUCCAGAAUUUUAGCUUUUAUGGCGAAAUUCCAAAAAAAAUUGGUCAUUUGUUCCGACUGCAACAACUCUAUCUUUACAAUAACACAUUGGAAGGGGAAAUACCAUCCAGCUUGUCCAACUGCUCCAAUCUCAGGUUCUUAGAUCUUUGGGGGAAUAAGCUUAAAGGGAAGAUUCCAACAGAACUAGGCUCUUUGAUGAAACUCAAAUCACUUCAGCUUGGCAAGAACAAUUUGGUAGGAGGGAUCCCACCUUCUCUAGGAAAUCUUUCUUCACUCACAGAUUUCGUUGUAGCGUACAAUAAUUUGGUGGGAAAUAUUCCAAAUGCCAUAGGCCAAUUAAAUGGCUUGGUAAUUUUCACAAUUUCGUCUAAUAACUUGUCAGGUACAAUCCCUUCCUCUCUUUACAAUGUGUCGUCUCUCCAAAUCUUUUCAGUUUCAAAAAACCAACUUAAUGGCACACUUCCAGCCAACAUAGGCCUAAAUCUUCCAAAUCUCCAAAUUUUCUAUUUUAGUAAAAAUGAGUUCAGUGGGACAGUCCCUACUUCAUUAUUCAAUGCAACUCAGCUUCAAGAAAUUGAUUUAAGUAAAAAUAAGUUUUUGGGAUCAAUUCCAACAAAUUUGGGAAAUUUGCUAAAUCUUUUAUAUCUUGGUUUGAGUUUCAAUUAUCUAGGAAAGAGCCUCCAUUUCUUAACAUUGUUGACAAACUGUAGUAGACUUCAAGAAUUGGAUUUUGCUGUAAACCAAUUUGAUGGUGUUCUGCCCAAUUCUGUAUCAAACUUGUCCACCCAACUCACUAAAUUAUAUCUUGGAAAAAAUAAAAUAUCUGGAACUAUUCCUGGAUCAUUAAUAAAUCUCAUUAACUUAAUUGCCUUGGGCUUAAAUGAGAAUCACUUCACAGGCGUCAUUCCUACUACUUUUGGGAAGUUUGAGAAGAUGCAAGCAUUGGGUUUAUUUGGAAAUAGACUAUCGGGAGAAAUACCAACCUUCAUAGGCAACCUUACUCAGUUGUUUAUAAUUGACUUACAUGAUAACGGAUUUGAAGGAACCAUACCUCCAAGUUUAGUAAACUCCCAAAAUUUGCAAAUCUUGGACAUUUCACAAAAUAACCUUAAUGGAUCCAUACCCCAGUAG